CUCUACCAUCGCCCACGUCGACGUCGGCCAUGGCUAGUGCACAGAGCUACUCUGUGCAGGCAUCCUUUCCAUCUGCACUCACUUCCCCGUUAGGCCAGAUUCCUGUGCCAACCUUCUUCCCAACGGAGGGCAAAACUUCUUGGAUUUAUACCCUCGCUGCAAUAGUCCUAUCCCUUCUCGCUCUUGAGCAGGGAGUCUACCGCUACAAGAAGGCACACCUUCCUGGCUCAAAAUGGACUAUCCCUGUCAUCGGCAAAUUUGCGGAUUCAAUGAAUCCGACUAUGGAAGGUUAUUUGAGGCAGUGGCAGUCUGGUGCCUUGAGUGCGCUUAGUGUCUUUAAUAUUUUUAUAGUUAUGGCGUCAAGUAACGAGUAUUCUGUGAAAAUAUUCAAUUCGCCAGCGUAUGCCGAGCCCUGUCUGGUAAACUCAGCCAAACAAAUCCUCAUGCCAGACAAUUGGGUGUUCCUAAAUGGAAAAGCUCAUGUUGAGUACAGGAAGGGUUUGAACGUCCUUUUCACUCGCAAGGCUUUAGGUAUCUACUGCCAUAUGCAAGAUAUGAUCGCGCGGAAGCACUUUGCACGUUGGCUUGAGAACGCAAAGAAGAAUCCGUCAGCACAACCUAUAAUGUUCGCAGUACGCAACAUGAACAUGGAUACAUCGCUUCGAGUGUUCUGUGGCAGACAUAUUCCUGAGCAUGCCACCCAGGAGAUCAACGACAAGUACUGGCUUAUCACUCGGGCAUUGGAGCUUGUCAACUUCCCGCUUGCAUUUCCGGGCACGAAAAUCUACAGUGCUAUCCAAGCCCGAAAGGUGGCAAUAAAUUGGCUUUCGCUCGCGGCGAAAAACAGCAAGAUUAGUAUGGCUGCUGGUAAUGAGCCAGAGUGUAUGCUUGACGCCUGGGUCAAAGAAUUGGCAGAUCCUGUAUAUAAGGGUCGACGGGAGUUUAGCGAUCGUGAAAUGGCCAUGGUCCUAUUCUCAUUCCUAUUCGCCAGUCAAGACGCAAUGUCCAGUGGUCUUAUCUAUGCGUUCCAGCAUCUGGCUGACCGACCUGACAUGCUCGCGAAGAUCAGGGCGGAAUCAGACCGUGUCCGUGGAAAUGAUCCGGACAAACCCCUUACGCUCGAGAUGCUCGAUGAAAUGUACUACCUUCGCGCGUUUGUCAAAGAAAGCUUACGUCUCAAGCCCCCUGUCACUAUGGUUCCCUAUAGGUGUACGAAGUCAUUCAACAUCACACCCGACUAUACAGUUCCGGCGAACAGUAUGCUCAUUCCGUCUACGUACCCCUCUCUUCACGACCCUUCAGUUUACCCGGAGCCUGACUCUCUCAAUCCGGACCGCUGGCUGGAUCCGGAAAGUUCAGCGAACAAGAACCCGCGCAAUUAUCUCGUCUUUGGCUCUGGACCACACCGCUGUAUUGGCUAUGAAUACGUUUAUGUGAACAUCGCAAUUUGCUUGUCCGAUGCUAUCACGUUAAUGGAAUGGGAACAUGAAGUGACACCACUGAGCGAGGAAGUGGAGAUCAUCGCUACCCUCUUCCCGAAAGACGGAUGCAAACUCAAACUCCGUCCCCGUGAACGAGUAUAACGCUUCAUGACGGCAUGUUUCUUUGCACCUCAGUAGAAUUUCCCUUGUCGUUUCUAAAAAGGAUGCGACACAUUUUGUUGCUAUUUGUAUCUAUGUCUCCCCUUAUUAGGAUGUUAUGAAAUCUACAAUUCCU